ACUCCUCUCUUUAUGCACUAGGAUCAGUGAGCCAGAAUAGAGGUAGGGAUGCUCCUUUAAAACUGUAGCUGGAAAUCAGCAAGAAGAGGAGGGUACCGUGCUAUGGAGGUUGCCAAGAACAGCAAAAUACAAUUUGCUUAGAUAGGGGAUGGUGGAGAUUCCCAUGCUUAAAGGUUGAAGGGACUGCAUCUUUGGAACAUUUACGUUUUUCUCAUUUGUAGCACGUACUGAAGGAAAUGGCUAUUUCUUGGAUUUACAAAGUUUGGAUCCUACUCUUACCCAUUGUUGACUGCGCUCUGUCCAGUUAUUCCGAAGACCAAUGCAGCUGGAGGGGGAGUGGUCUGUCCCAGCAGCAAGGCAGUGUGGAGCAGAUCUCCCUCCACUGUUCUGAGGGUGCUCUGGACUGGCUCUAUCCUAAGGGGGCGCUCCGCCUCACCCUGUCCCCCAGGUUGCCCUCUGCGGCAGUGGGGCCUGGGGGAAGCAGCUCGGGCCUGAUCACGGCCUGCGUCAAGCCCUCCGAGCACUUCCACGGGGCCCAGCUCUACUUGGAGAGAGACGGGGUCCUGGAGCUCCUGGUAGGGGACCGUCUGGAGGAGUCUCCGCCAACCCGGGUGCGCUGCUUCAGCCGCCUGCCCGGCGAGAAGGUGGCCCUCUUCCUCCAGGCCACUCCCCACCAGGACAUCAGCCGCCGCAUUGCAUCUUUCCGCUACGAGCUGAGAGGGGAUUGGACUGUGCGCCUGUCACUCGACUCAAACCCCGUCAGCAGUAAUGAAGGUGCCUGCAGACCCUGUAACAACACAGAGCUCCUUAUGGCUGUCUGCACCAGUGACUUUGUGGUGCGUGGUAACAUCGAGGCGGUGGAUGAGGACAGCGAGUUACGGGCGGCGGUAAUAAAGGUCAGCACCACCCGAGUAUUUCGCCAGAAAUAUGCCCUGUUCACCGGGACAGGCCGCCUGACCCUCUCAGGCGAGAUCAGGACCCUGCUGCAGUGUGGUGUCCGGAACGGGGCAGGAAGCUUCCUCUUCACCGGCCGCAUACACUUCGGCGAAGCGUGGCUGGGCUGCGCGCCCCGCUACAAGGACUUCCUCCAGGCCUACACUCAGGCCAAGUUGGUCCAGCAGCUACCCUGUGAACUGGCUGUGGACUGAGCAGACCACCCCAAAUCUCGGCUGACUACUUCCCUGUAAUAGGGCUUGCCUCACAAUGCAGCCUUAACUCAAUCAACCUGUCCUCUGGUUUGCCAAACCUCUGAGUGAAAGGUGAAGAAGAUCGAAGCUCACCCGAUGGUGUAGCUUCUUAGUCUUCCCCAAAGGACUGUCCAUGCCCAACUCCUCAUUCUUAGCAACAUUCGCAGUGCAAUAUGCAGUCCUGUGGCGAUAUGAAGGACACCGUGGGGACUAGAUGAGAUUAAAUAAUUUGGCACGGGACAAAUUUUCCAGAUGCCAAUAUGCUUAUUCUGAAUUCUCAGAAGAGCUUUCCGUAACAACAAGCAACAAUUUGUCAGGCAUGGAUUCAGAGCUAUUGAGUGUGACUUUGUCUUUUAAACUCAGGAAACUAUGUGAAAAAUUCUGUGGUGAAGUUGGUCUGUUUUAGAAGUUACACAAUUGCUAUUCCAGUAAUUAACCACAAGGCUGUGGUGUUUUUCUAUGGUAGUCUUCAAAAUGGCCACUCAUUUUAUUCAAUGUUUUUUGUUUGGGAAAUCUACCAUUUUGUGUCCAAGAUGUUUGCACAAAUGUGUAGUUGAAACAAACAAUGGUGGACUAUUCUUAGUGUUACAAUUCUUUAUUGGAGAUUAGGGAGGGGAUUUCUCUUUUUCAAUUUUUUUUAUUUUUUUUAUCGUAAUUUGCACUGAUAAGGGAAUGAUCUGGAAUGUCUUGAUGCUGCAAGCACUGAAAACCAAAAUGAAAAGCUGAUUUUAUGUAGCGUAGAAGAGGUGUGAUCAGAACUUAAUAUAUGUACAGAUAUUGCUAGCACAUCUUCAUGCUAGGCUAGGGCUGGCACAUGUUAGCGCUAGUGUAGAAGGUUCAAAUCUUGCUUCGCUCUAGUGCUGAAAGCACUUUCACAACAUUAGUCAACUCGGAGAAAAAAAAUCUCAAGGUAAUAGGAGCUUGUGGGGGAAAUUCUGCCUUUUAGAAACCUGCAUAAAUAUUUAAUGAAGAGUUUUUAUGAUGCUGCUGACUUCCAAGAUUUCAUUGUUAUCUCAGUUUGUUUGAAAAGUUUUAUAUGCUGAUUUAUUUUAAUUUGAAACUGUUUUUCCAGUUGAACAUAAUUAUUUUGCAGUAGUGUUUCCCAUUGCAGCCAUUUUGUAGUUAUUCAUACCCAUUUUCCACAUAAAAAAAUUGCCACCUGUAAGCCUAAGAAAGCUGUCUGCAAAAUUCUAACAAAACAGAUGUCUUGAUAUUGAGAUGCUGUAAGGCCUACUGGCCCAGAUUUAUGUCAUUGUUACUGUAUUAAUGGGAGUUUGAGGACAUUUUUUAUGUUUGUCAACAGUUGUAGUCCCACAACAGCAAUAUUCCUAACUGUAAAAGUCCAAUGGAAUAUGUCUCAAAGCUGGCAGAAAGAGUUGCAGUAGCGAUCUAAUUUUCACAAGCAUGUGUCCGAAAUGUUGAUCACCAUGUUGAGCCGUGGAAACCUCAAGCAAUUUUGUCCAAAUAUCAAUACUGAAUUCUUCAAGCAAUAUUCAAUGUAUUUGCGUAAUAGUCUUUAUACCAGUUUUGGGGUUAGCAGUAAGUAUGUCUGGGAUAAGUUACGAGGGGGACAAAACAGGUCUGUUUGGCAAUUCUGGUCAGUCAAAAAAUGUCACGUCUUAUGUGCACUAAUCGAUGAAGGAAGCGAUUAAUAUCAAAUUAACGUGAUGUGCUGAAGUGGUAUAUAAAAAGAAAUACGCAAUACUGCCAUGUUUGCUGAUAUUGUCAAUCUGUUUCUGUGUGAUUUUUGUGUUCAUACCAAUGUGAAUGUUAAUAUGUAAAUAAGAACAUCUAAAACAAACUACUUCUGGAGGGGGGAAACGUUUUUCAUUAUUGUGGAGUGUUUAUGUUGUCUGUGACAAAGUCUGAAAAGCUCAUUUGAAUCUCAUGGAUUUUUCUUGGUUGCUUCUUUCACUUACUUUUUAUAGUAAAGUUGUAUAGUUGUACACUUUUAUAGUUCUCGCUCAUGCACACAUCUUUAAAACGUUAGGCUAACUGAGACUACAGAUGACCAUGGUUGAAAAACAUGGCCCAAUUUCAUUACACUGAUUUCAAACCACAACCUCUAGUUGUCCCUUGGAUAUAUGUGGGAGAAAUAUAGACUUUUCCAACUAUGUUAAGUCACUAUAAGUGUCCUUAAUCCUGAUCUCUGAGGGCCCAAAAUGAAUUGCUUGAAUGAAAGUGAGGUAGAGGGAUGCAAACAGACCUAAUGGGUUGCAGGGAGGGAGUGAGAAAAGGACGGUUGGAAUUCUGUUGUGCUCUGACUCCCGCUUUCAGUAAGCAAUACAUUACCAUUAAGGGUAAUGUAGUGUUCGGAGCGGGCUGGGAGGAAUGAUGAUGCCGCAGUCGCUCACUCUGUCCUCAUGCCAGUCAGCCAGGUUUAAAGGGUUAUAUACUCCCUCUCAACCAACAGAAAGCAAGACUGAACACAGGGACUUAAAUUAAGUAAGGGAAUACCCCCCCCCCCCUGAAAUGGACAAAAAUGAAUGGGAAGUCAUUGGCAUUGGACAAACCAUAUACACGGUGUCCAAUACCACCCAAUGUGGCGUUGAUUCGUGUAAAGUUGAUUGCAAAUGCCAUAUGGCAAAUGCCAGUUGUAACACUUUAAAAAUCCAACAGGUGGCGAGUGCGUUCUACUUUGGUUUUUCAUAUUGGAAAUGCAACACAAGUCAACAUCCAAAAGCAACAUUUUGAAAAAGUGAAUUUUUUUUCAAAAACCCCCCAAAAAGU